AUGACAAAUCACAUGAUUUCUGGAAAAAUUUUACGUAUUGUGAUUGAAAGGAUUCAAGCUUCUCUGACCAUGGAAGAGAAGAAACCAAUAAUAAUCUACCUCGGUGAUGGGAUGGGUGAUUUCUGCCCAAGUUUGAAGCUUGGUGAUGGAGACUAUGUAAUGCCAAGGAAAACUUUCCCAGUUUGGGACUUGAUUUGCAAAAACAGGAGGCUAACAAAAUCAGAAGUUUGCGAAUGGAGCAACGGGGAGGAGUUUGAGCAUGUGUUGCUCCACCUUGUUAGUAGGAUUUCCAUUGACAAGAACCAGAAUGCUGGCAAUACUGCUCAGCUGCAUUCAGAUUGCAAACUACAAACAUUAAUGCCAGGCGCUGCCCAUGAAGCCUUCUCACAGACCCUCUCGGUUCCUCAUUAG